AUGACGAGGAACGGCCUGCAGCGCGCUUCGGUCCGCUCGGUCGGCUCGGUCAAAGACCGGACCGGAUCGAACGGUCCGGUCUCAAACGGGCCACGAGCGGGCCGAAAAGCCCGCUCGCUCCGUCCAGGCUGGUCCACCAAUGACAUUGCCCUUGUGCUUGUGGCACUCCUCUCCGUGCUCGUCACGUCCGUCCGUUCUGUGGCCAACUACGACACCUCCGCCGCCAGAUCCUACAACUCCGGCUGGCUGCCCGCCAAGGCCACCUGGUACGGAGCGCCCACCGGCGCCGGACCCAACGACAACGGCGGUGCUUGCGGCUUCAAGAACGUGAACCAGUACCCAUUCUCCUCCAUGACGUCCUGCGGCAACGAGCCUCUGUUCGACGGUGGCGCAGGCUGCGGCAGCUGCUAUGAG